AUUAUAUCAUUGGAAAACUAUAAUGACCCAUAAUUUUAUAUUUAGUUUUUCACAUCACUUUGCGCAGCAAUAUCACAAUUCUAUCAUUUUCAUCCAAAUAAUGGAGAUUUUUCACCUUUUUUGUGGUGUUUGUAUCUUAUGUUGCUGGAAGAUGGAUGGCAAGAGUAUUACCAACGCAAAAAUUUCAAAUUUUGCGAUGGAGCUUUAGUCUCAACCCAGGACCAUUCAAUAUCAAAGAACACGUUUGUAUAUUUGUAGCGACAGGUGCUGGCGGUGGUUCAGCUUACGCUACGGAUAUUAUUUCCAUACAUACAAGAGCUUUUUUAUCAUCACUCAAUCAAUUUUGGUCAAGGUUUUCUUUUGCUUAUGAGCACACAGAUUAUAGGGUAUGGUUUCACGGGAUUUCUUAGAAAAUAUCUUGUUCAUCCACCAAGUAUGAUUUGGCC